ACGUGGCAACACUUGUCAGUCUAGUUGUCUACGUGGCAUUUGCGGGGUUAGGCAAAGUAGUGGCGUGCUCUUAUGUGCGAUUUAUAGGAUUAAACCCUCCCAUAUUCAUCAUGCCCACCGUCCUGUUUACUCCUGACGGCACGGCGCAAGGCUACAGUCAUGAGUGAGCACGAAAACUGCUCACUGCUCAGCUCUUCCGUUGGACUCCCAAGAGCACCUUCCGCCUGGUGUGGGGUCCACUUCUCCUCCCUCAGCUGGCUAAAGACCACCUUCACUGAGGGACAGGCUGGUCCCCUGCAGACUGUGGGGCACAGGGUGGCUGCCCGCACCUUCACUGGGCUCACCCUCAUCCCCAUCACCAUUAUCAAGACUUGUUAUGAGACCUCUACCUUUUUUUCAGUAGCCAGCAAGGAGGAAAAGUAAGGUUGCAUGAAACCAGUCGCACUGUAGGUGUACUGCAGAAGACAGGCCCAAGAUGAUCUACACCAAGUUGCACGAAACCAGUUGUACUGCAGCAGAAGACAGCCCCAAGAUGAUCUACACCAAGUUGCAUGAAACCAGUUGCACUGCAGCAGAAGACAGGCCCAAGAUGAUCCACACCAAAAUAUUUGACAAUAGACCUAACUAAAACUUUACUGGUUUUGAAAAUCCCAACUCGCCACACAGUCCACCUAUACUGUGUCAUCAUUUUCCUAAGCUAAGCUCCAUCCUUCCUUCCAUUACACUGAUGUUUUCUGUACUUGUAAUACCCAUACACCAUACACACUCCCAGUUCACCAUCAUGCAAUGUUGUAAAUCUCUCUGCCACACCCUUGCUCCGUCUCUGCUGCUACAAAGGGGAGAAUGCUACCUAAGUGGUGGAGGAAUGCUGGAAGAGUAAUUCCCUAAGUUUGUUCAUAAUGAAUCAAGAAAGUUGUAUCAGUCUUGCAAAGAGCAAUACAGUGUACAACAACAUACAGUGUUGAUAUGUGCCAGUUUGUUGACUAGUAAUAUACCUCAAGGUUUUGGCCAUGUGCAUUUCUUAAGCAGGUUUCCUCCCACUUGGCAUCACUUUCCAGUCAUGUACACACUUAGUCUGCAGGCUAGCCAACUAGAGACUAGCCAACUAAUAAUUAACAUGGGCACAGUACACAUUACUACUGCCAAUAAAGUACUUAAGAGUUUGUAUUAUUGUCUGACAGCAUUUAUUAAAUCUAUAUGCACUACUGUGCAUUUCUCAUACCUUGCUUCCAACACUAAUCUGUUGAUACACUGAAAAAUCAGUAUUUUAGUGCAUUUAUCAUACAUUAUUUCCAGCACUAAUAACUCUGUUGAUACUCUGAAAAAGAUACUAAAAGUAUUU